AUGGCCGACCGCAGCAACACCGAGCGGACGCCUUUGCUAGGUGCUUCUGGCGCCGACGGUGCCAAUGGACGCGAGGAAGAUGAUUUCGCACACCUUAACCAACAGAUCAAAAGCCGACGCCGACGCCGUUGGAUCUCUCUCAUUGCCAGCAUUUUCUUGGUUAUUGGUUUUGUUGUCAUCUUGAUCUUGUCUGGAGUUCUAGCUCGAUCCAGAGGAAAACCAGGCAUGGCUUCCGCGCUCUGCCUCACGCCAGCCUGCAUUCACGCUGCGUCCGAGAUCUUGUACACACUAUCACCGGAAUACAAGGAACUCGAUGCCUGUACCAGCUUCGACCACUUGGUUUGCGAUGGCUUCACUUCCACUCAUGAUAUUCCAGAAGAUCGUACCUCCUAUUCCACCCUCAGUGUAAUGUCCGACAAUGGCCAGGCCAUCAUCAAGCGCAUCCUGCAAGGUGCAUACCCUGGCGAAUCCAAGCACUCCUCGUUCUCGCCACGAAACCUUGUUGUCCAGGUAUCAUCCAAAGAUGAGGAAAACUUCAAUGUCAUGAAGGACGCUUACGGCGCUUGCAUGAACGAGACUGUAAUCAAGGAGAUUGGAGUUAAGCCACUGGUUGACUUGAUUGGAGAAGUUGCGCACUCUUUCCCAGUCACUGAGAAAAGCUUUGGAGAAGAUGAAAUUCUUGCAGAGAGCGAUCAUGCAAGCCUAUCGGAAACGAUUCUCCUGCUUGAGGAAUGGGGCAUCAGCACCUUUGAGGGGCUAGGUGUUGGCGCUGAUGAUAAGAACCCGGAGGUCGUCAUCAUCCAGGCCUCCCCAGCCGGUCUGACUCUGCCUUCUCCCGAGUACUAUGAAGACAAAGAUACUUUGGAAAAGUACCAGGCUAUGCUCGAAGAGGUGUUUGUUGGCCUGCUUCCUAGUAAUGCUACUAGAAAGCAUUCCAGUAAGCUGGCCAAGUCUGUUGUUGAUCUUGAGAAGAAAAUUGCAGCCAUCACUCCCCCACCAGAGGAUCAACAGGAUGUAACCAAAUACUACAAUAUUGAAAAGGUCGGCACCGCAGGCAAGCUUGCGCCAGCUUUGGGCUAUGACAAGGUCGUGGAGAAACUUGUACCUGCCAACUACACAGUCGAUACCAUGCUCCUUGCAUUUCCUGACUUCCUGGCCAAUGUUUCCCACAUUCUAUCAGAGACUAGCAAGGCCACAGUGCAAUCAUACCUGAUCUGGAAUGUGAUCACGGCCAAGUCUUCUUACGUCCAAGGUCCCGAGGUGGAGCCGAUUACUCGCUUUUUCAAUGUGCUUCAAGGAAAAGACGCGGACACAAAAUCUGAGCGCUGGAAGACUUGCGUCCGCGUCGCUGACAGCCAAGUCGGAUGGAUCCUUAGCCGUUUCUUUAUCGAAGCUGCCUUCUCGGAAGAGGCCAAGCAAUUUGGAGAUCAGAUCAUCAUGGACAUCAAGCACCAGUUCAUUUCGAAACUCCAUGGCCUCAGUUGGAUGGACGACAGUGUCAAGGAGCUUGCAGUGAACAAAGUUAACCUAAUCAACCAAAAGAUUGGCUAUCCUACAGAGUCCCCGAACAUCAUCGACCCGGAGGCUCUCCAAAACUACUACCAUGGCCUCAAGAUCACCAAGUCGUUCUUUAACAAUUCUAUUUCCAGCACUGCCGUUGAGGUGAACAGGGAAUGGUCAAAGCUGGGGAAGCCCGUCGACCAUGGAGAAUGGGAUAUGUUGGCAGACACUGUCAAUGCAUACUAUAAUCCAGUCGGCGCAGAGAUUGUCUUCCCUGCCGCGAUUAUGCAGUUCCCCGUGUUCGACGAAAAAUUACCUUCGUAUGUUAGCUAUGGCGCUUUUGCUGCCGUCGCAGGUCACGAACUUUCUCACGCAUUCGAUAACUCUGGGCGCCACUACGAUGAGACUGGUAGAUAUACAGAUUGGUGGACCAACCACACAGUCGAAGAGUUUGAGAAGCGUGCCGAUUGCUUCGUCAAUCAGUACUCGAAUUUUACCAUCCAAGACCCCCAGGGCAAGCAAUUGCACGUGAAUGGUCGCCUCACGUUGGGUGAGAAUAUUGCCGACGCUGGCGGUCUCUCUGCCGCGUUCCAGGCCUGGAAGAACCAGCAGCAAUCGAAUCCCGCUGAUCAGAGUCUUCCUGGCCUUGAACACUUCAGCCAUGAACAGCUCUUCUUCGUCUUCUACGCAAAUUUCUGGUGUGGAAAGAUCCGGGCGCAGCAGGCAGUUCAGUAUAUCUACACGGACCCUCACUCGCCCACAUUUGCUCGGAUUCUGGGCACCACUGCAAACUCGAGGGAGUUCCGUGAAGCCUUUUCCUGCCCAGUCAAGGAACCAACGUGUGAGUUGUGGUAA